UCUCCUCGUUUCCGACAUAAACAUAUAGAACCCUAGAGCUGCGUUACAGGAGGUCAAAACUUACGGUCCUGUUUUGUAAAGCUAACGGAAUAUAAUACAGAGACAUGGCCAGCACCUUGGUGGCAGUGGGACUGACGCUGGCAGCAGCUGGUUUUGCAGGCCGUUAUGCCAUGCAGGCCAUGAAACAGAUGAAACCUCAUAUGAAACAGGCCUUACAGAGUUUGCCCAAUACGGCUUUUGGAGGAGGGUACUAUAGGGGAGGUUUUGAAACAAAGAUGACAAAAAGAGAAGCUGCUCUUAUUUUAGGUGUCAGUCCCACAGCCAACAAGAUCAAGAUUAGGGAGGCCCACAGAAAACUGAUGAUCCUGAACCAUCCAGACAGAGGAGGAUCUCCAUACAUGGCAGCAAAAAUAAAUGAAGCAAAGGACCUAAUGGACGUCCAGGCCAAGAAAUAAAACUGAAGAUGUUAAAAAUAAACGAUUUAUUCAUGAAGAUUUACUGGCCGAGGCAAGCACUUGAUUUUUCCAAUUAAAUAAAAUACAUA